CCUCUCACAAGUAGGCCUCUGUGGAGCAGCCCAUCCUAUUUCCUGGAGAUAUGGUCGGACAUAUGCAGCAGGAGAUUAAUGGACCAUUCCAAAAGCCCAAUACUCUACACACACUAACAUGUCUUCACUCGGAUUUGGGAUUGCGCAUUGCCGGCGCCGGACCACAUUUCACCACCGCAAACAUCCCCAGAUUUCCCCGCGCCGUUCUGCUAGUGUGCGCCCUAAGCGCACGGAUCAAGUUAGCCUUGGGCGGAGAAGGAAGCAGACAAUCCAAGCGAUGAGAGCCGUGGUCCAGCGCGUAGCCUCCGCGAGCGUUGAGGUUGUGCAAAGAAAUUAUGAAGUUCUUUUAGUGAGUCAGUUCACUUUAUUCGGGAUUUUGAAAGGAAACAAACCAGAUUUUCAGGUGGCAAUGCCUCCGGAUGUGGCAAAACCAUUUUAUGCUUCUGUGGUCGAAAAAUUUCAGAAAGCUUACAGAGUAGAUGCAACUAAAGGUAUGUGUGUGUGUGUAAGGAGGGAGAGAGGAAGAGAGAAUUUCCUAAAACCAAUAGCUCGC